GAGCGCAGGACUCUUUCAGCUCUUUCUGCUGCAGACAGUGAACUUUUUCUGGACUAGAAGUGAACAUCUCGUAGUUUCACAGCCCGACGUGUUUUUUCUAUCUUUUAAAAGAAAAUAACAGGGGCUGGUAUGUCUUUUGUGGAGCUCCCCGGCUCCGUGGGAGUCGUGUUUGCGCCGCUGCCCGCAGUAGCGGAGCGCAGUCGGAAUAAAGAGCGCCUGGAGGCCAGCCUGUCUGCACUGUAUGAGCUGGAGCUUCUCAAGCAGAGGCAGGAGACUCUGGUUCUCGGAGCUCUGCUCCUCGGGGACUCUCCUCUGCCAGGACGACCACCAAGCGGCACCAGAACCCCGGGGGGGCACACGCUCCAAACGAGUCGUCUGCAGGGCACCCACGCUGACUCCAGGUCGUCUUUAGAGGAGCAGGUGGCAGACCUGAAGAUCAACUCUGAGGUCAAGUUGGUCGAUUCAGAUAAAGUGGAGGAUAAGCCCUUCACUUCAGGUGACGUUGAGCCACACAGAUGUCCUGAACCAGAUCACCACCUCGUCCUCCCGUGUUCUCUCUCAACCCCGCAGAAAAGCCGGAUGACAAAGAGGGAAAAAAUACUUCUGUCAGAGCCAGCAAGACAACCCACGGUUUCUGAGGAUACGAUACACGAACCCAGUCGCCAGAGUUAUGAGCAGCCCCCCAAAACAGAGACUUUUGGGCUUAUCCAGGGCCAGGCUCCUCCCAUGAGGUCCUCUAAACCCCGCACCAGCCUGACAAAUGAAGCUAGAGUGGUCAGUGUGUUGAAACAAACUAGCUUGUGCUGCAAAGAUGAGUCAUCAAGAAAGGUUUCCCUGAAAGAGACAUCUCAGUGCUCGGAGAAAGCAUUUCUCCAGGGUACCCUGCUGCUGGAUCAGGCACACCAUCAAAGGAUGGGAUGUCCAGAAGAGGCAUCGUCAACUGAUCACCAGCUAAACGUCUUGCAUCAGCCGGGGUUUUGUCAUAAACCUAGACAAGCUUCGAUUAUAAACACCCCUAAAUCUGUCUCACUUGACCAUCCAAACAGUAGAGGAUUGCACACACCCCAGCAUUCAAGCAAGAUGGAUUCACCCCAACAUUUCAAGGACUACCCAUCCCCUCCGGCUCUGACGAGAGUUCAUGAGAGAUCCCCUCUGGAGGAGCAGCUGGUCAAUGCAGAAUAUGUUCCAGCUCAUCCCUGUCAGAAUUCCUCCCGAGCACAUCACGUCUUGAGCCUUCACAAGGAUACAGAAGUCUCCAAAAUCAACCAAAGCGCCCAUUCCUUAGACUCAUGCCUCCAUCAGGAACUGCAUUCUGACCCGCCGCACGUCCAACACUCCAAGUCCAACGUGAGCCCAAAGAAAUGCCGAUCAAAUGAAGACAGAAGUAGUUUCGGCAAGAAAGUAGUCAAGAAGGCAUCUAGAUCCCAGGUACAGAGCAACCCUCAAAGAGUUUCUGAUCGCAAGAGCAGCUCCGUAGACAGAGACGGUGGACGAAGCGGAAGCUUUGGAAAGGGAAAUCGCAAUUCUCAAUCCAGGAUCAAGAGACAGCAGCAGAGUGGAUACAAGCGCUGCCAGUCGACCCAGGAGCUCAGCCAAGACGAGGCUGAUCACGCCGCCGUCCCGCAACCCGUGCAAAAGCCUGUACCAUCAAACCAAAGGGACCAUUUCGUGAGGCGUGUGCGAAAAUCCCGGCCCACACACGCAUCAGUGACGUACUACCAGUACUCCUACCACCACCAGGCUCUGGAGUGUCGGUUUGAGAAGGACAAAGGGUUGUGUCAGACAAACGAGGACGAGUCUGAGUCUUCGGCCAGUGAGCCGGACCCAACAGAGUCCAGCUCCUUAUCAAGUGACUCAGAUGAAAGCGGGGGGUUGGUUUGGCCCCAGCAACUUUCUCCCCAACCCUCCCCCGCGAUGCCUCCUGCCCCCUCCCCUGGAGCACCUCUGCAGCCCAAAGCAUUUGUAAAAAUCAAAGCCUCCCACGCUUUGAAGAAGAAGAUCUUGCGCUUCCGCACUGGUUCACUCAAAGUAAUGACCACUGUAUGAAGGCUUAGACCUACAAUGUACAAUAACAAAGACAUUAGCAGUCAUCCACUAUAGCUUAUUGGUUGGUUGUUUUGAGUUAGUCUUAGCUAAUGAGGUGUCAAAAGACCAAUACUAUUAAACUGACACACAUAUAAUUUCUAAUUUUGUCAAAGCAGGAUUAAUGUUCUUAUAUCUGCCUUCUAACUUGGCUUUAGCACUAAACUUUCCAAUUGUUGUAUCGUUUGUAUCUGCAAAAACUCUUGAGUCCACCAUUUUCAAAUGUAAUUGGGUAGUUUACUUGUUCUAAUCCUUCUCCUUUUGGGAGAAGAAAUUGGGAAAUAUAUUAUAUUUGUUCAUAUUGCUCAGAGUGAUGAGCACAAUUUCUUCACUGAUAAUGAACUAAUUUCUGUUUAUUUAUUAAGUGCCAAUUCAAACCAUUUAAAUACGUGUAAUCUGUUUUAGUCUGGAUGAAACCUGUAAGUCUAAAACAUUGUUUCCACUGAGUGGUCCGGUUCGGUAUUUUGAGUGUUUCCAUUAGGAGCGGGUAUUGAUUAUA